ACUGAAAUCGCAAGUCAAUAAGCCAGGCUCACGAGUUGUGGGUCAUCGAUAUAAGAAGGAAGCGACCCAAACGUGCCAUUCACGCUGCAAUCUCAGUCAACUCCAGAAGUGUAAUUGAAACAUAUCUUCAACAUGAAAUUGUUCGUAGCUUUAGCUUGCUUAUGCAUGGCAUCAGCGUUGCCAGAGAAUAUGCUCAAUUUCAACAUGGAAAUAUGGAAUGACAGAGCAGAUAUGAACAUUGUGCAAGUCGCUGAAAAACUCGGUGCAAAUACUCUUGUAAAGCUGGUUAAAGCUGCAGGACUUGCAGACACACUCAUGGGACCUGGUCCAUUCACAGUAUUUGCCCCCACUGACGAUGCGUUCGCUGCCCUUCCCAAGGAACUCCUCAGGAUACUCAUGAAGGACACAGCUCUUUUGAAAAGUGUUCUUCUCUACCACGUCCUCGGCGGUAAAGUCACCAGUGAUAUGCUCAAGAAUGAAGAAGUCGUGCCAAGCUUGGACACCGGAAAAUCAAUCCGCAUCAAUAUCUACAACGAUGGCAAAUUGAUUACUGCCACCGGUAGUCCAGUGGUCAUGGCUGAUCAGAUGGCAUCCAAUGGAGUGAUUCACGUCCUUAGCCGUGUCAUGUUCCCAAUCCCCACAAUGAACAUUGUCACCGCUGUCGCAGGAGGCAAAGACUUCAGUACUCUCCUCACAGCUGUCCAGACUGCUGGUCUAGCCUCAACCCUCGAGGGAGGUCCAUUCACAGUGUUUGCACCUACCAACCAGGCCUUUGCCAAACUACCACCAGGUGUCCUUGAUGGUCUUCUCAAGAACAAAACCGCCCUCACAGCCGUUCUCACCUACCAUGUUGUAUCUGGAACAUUCUAUAGCGCAAGUCUUUCUGAUGGUAUGAUGGUACCAACCGUAAAUGGAAAAGACGUCAAAGUCAGCAUUGGAGGAGGUAUGGUCCGAGUAAACAAUGCUGAAGUUAUCAUGGCUGAUGAUGCCGUAACAAAUGGAGUGAUCCACGUCAUCGACACCGUCCUCAUUCCACCCACAAUGCAUUUUCAACUUGUAUAAACAUCAUGAACUCGAGAGUAAUCACUAGCUAUGACGGUUGUUAUAUCACGUGACCUGAUCUAGCCAAUCAAAUAAACCGCUGUGAAAACUAUAUGUCACAUGACUACAUCUAGUCAAUAAUUCUUUUCAUUGUGCAGACAACAGGUCAUGUGACCAUGGGUGACUAAUAAUGGGAAUCCAUAUGCAGACGGUGGGUCAUGUGACAAUAACUAACCUAUCAGUUAGUGUCACUUGACACUUCUGUCUAUUUCUACGAUCCGGUGUUCACAGUUAUGUCAUGCUUGUAAUUAUUUGCUUUUUCACAUCUCACUCUAAUGCAUAUUGAUCAUCAUGAUAUGUUUUAUAUUACGUUUAAUUUGUAAAUAUCGUUUGAUAUAAAAACAAACUUUACAUUAGUUGAGUUAGAAAAUA